AUGGCUCAGUACAAGGGCACCAUGAGGGAAGCGGGCCGCGCCAUGCACCUGAUGCGUAUGCGGGAGAAGCAGAAAGAGCAGGUGGAGGUGCUGAAGCAGCGCAUCGCUGAGGAAACCAUCACCAAGUCCAAUGUGGACAAGAAGUUCUCAGCACACUACGAUGCCAUGGAAGCAGAACUCAAGUCAAGCACCGUGGGUCUGGUCACCCUGGAUUACAUGAAGGCUAAGCAGGAGGCCCUCUUGAAGGAGCGGGAGAUGCAGCUGGCCAAGAAAGAGCAGCUGGAGGAACGUAAACUACAACUCGAGACAAUGCGCGAGAAAGCGAACCGGCGGGAGCAAAAGCGCAAGAUCUCCAGCCUCUCCUUCUCUUUUGAGGAAGUCGAAGAGGGCACCAAUGAGCACGGUCCCGAGAGCGUGGAGGUAAUCAAGAAGAAGAAGAAGAACCUGGGGAAGAAUCCUGAUGUAGACACAAGCUUCCUGCCGGACAGGGAGCGGGAGGAGGAGGAGAAUCACCUGCGGGAGGAGCUGCGCAAGGAGUGGGAGGCCCAGCGGGAGAAGGUCAAGAGUGAGGAGAUGGAGAUUACUUUCAGCUACUGGGACGGCUCAGGGCACCGGCGCACCGUGCGCAUGAGCAAGGGCAGCACGGUGCAGCAGUUCCUCAAAAAAGCCCUGCAGAGUCUGCGCGAAGACUUCCGCGAGCUGCGUGCGGCUAGCGUGGAGCAGCUCAUGUACAUCAAGGAGGAUCUGAUCCUGCCGCACUACUACACCUUCUACGACUUCAUCAUCACCAAGGCACGGGGCAAGAGCGGGCCACUCUUUAGCUUUGACGUACAUGAUGAUGUCCGAUUGCUGAGUGAUGCCACCAUGGAGAAGGAUGAGUCACACGCGGGGAAAGUGGUGCUACGUAGCUGGUAUGAAAAGAACAAACACAUCUUCCCAGCCAGCCGCUGGGAGCCCUAUGACCCCGAGAAGAAGUGGGAUAAAUACACUAUCAGAUGA